GUAAUCCAUUACGUAAGAAACAUGUUGUCCAGGAUGUCGUCAGGGAAGUGUGUGCUAUGAGCGUGCGAUGUUUAUUCUGUAAAACGAUGGUGGCCACUUUUUCUCUUAAAAUGUUCGUCCCCGUUGUCCUGGACACCUACUGGGCAACACUCGGUGUUGGUGUUACACUCAUGCAAAACUGAGCUCCAAAGAAGAAGUAUGAUGUACAUCGCCUUUAUGGCGAAGCUGUGUGUGACAAGUCCAGUGAUUGCCAUCUUUUGUGUCGACCCACUUAAGAUGUUUUCCUUCCCCUUAUAGCUACGACCGGAGCUCCGUGUUUUGAUUGUUUAGAGCAUUAUUAACAAAGGUGUGUACACAUAGAACUUGUUUGCACUGAGGAUGCACUUUCCUUACUCAAUAUGAUGGGCGCGGAUAGGAUCGUAUUCUCAAACUUUUAUUCUUGAGACUGCAUGGGUCUGGAGAACUGGAGCUGCAGUAGUGGCUUGCAAAGUAAAAAGAUGUACAUGUAAGCCGCAUCUACGCACAUGCAGCUAUACUGUACUUCACGGAUUAGGCUUACAAGAGUAUUAAGCACGUAAACGUUGGAUCGACAAUAACUUGUGAUGCUGCGUUAACGCAUUUGGAUAUCUACGCUGCACAAUGACAUCAAACCGCCGUUUUCUUCUUCUGGGGAUGGUCUUGUCGUCUGCUGCUUGGGUCGCUCUUAUUUAUAUCGAGGCUCAUGUGGGGAUGUCAUCCAAGGUGGUCCAGCUGUGGAAGAACGAUCUGCCUGACGCAGGAUUUAGAGCAACCGAAAAUCCGACAAGGAAUGAUUCAGAGUACGUCGCUGGAACUGAUACUAAGACAACUCCCGAACUUCUCUUACAAUUAUCCGAUGAGUCUUCGUUGAGUAGGUGGGUGAAUGAUUCUAUAGCACAUGAAGUAUGGGCACCUGAAAACGCAGUGUCGCCGAGUACAGAUCGUUUCAACGUCAUGAACCAAAAUGUUACUGAACAACAGUCUGGCUUGACAUUUGGAGAGAAUUCACGAGAGACUGAGCUAGACUUGGACGCCCUUCUCCAAGAGGUCGGUGUGAUGAACGGGACUGAGACGAAUCAAACAGAUCUUGGACAAUCAUCCAGAGUAAGCUCUGAUCUUAAAAUUACCGAAACCAACGUGCUAUCUACCCCCGACAGCAAAGUGCGCGUGAUCAUACUGGCCAGCAUGCGCACCGGUUCAUCUUUCGUUGGGGAAUUUUUCGGCAGCAACAGUGAUGUUUUCUAUCUCUUCGAACCGGGGCUUAGCGUUUCUGAAACUCUGGCAAGGUACACCAUGACGCCAGCGGUCCAGGAAAACGUCUACUUGAAAAUGCUGGAAAAGCUGCUUCUGUGCGAUUUCGAGAGCCUCGAGUUUUACCUUCAGUGGUUAUCCAGACACCCUUGGCGAAACUUAAAGAAGAUUGCGCCGCGGUUUUACGGUCGUUGCUCCCAGUACCAGCGCCAGCAUCCUCGAAAGGCGCGGUGCCCGAUCACGAAGGACAUGGCGAGAGAGAUUUGUGAAGAGAGCAAGUACAUCGUGAUCAAGUCCAUACGCGUCCCAGACAUAAAUCUGCUGUUUCCCAUGAUCGAAGACAAGAAUCGGAUGAACCUAAAGGUGAUACACUUGGCGAGAGACCCUCGCCCCAUGAUAGCAUCUCGAGUCCGAGCCCUAGAAGGCAAAAGCCUCACCCGAAUCUCCAGGAAAGCUCAGGAUGACCUGAGCAUCUACUGCAGGUACAACUGGGCCAACCUGGAGCUGGGGACCCGCCGACCCUCACUGAAGUACCGUUACAUGUUUUUGCGAUACGAGGACGCGGCUAUGGAUCCGAAAACUGCCGCCUCGAGAAUUUACCAAUUUCUCGGCCGCGGAGGCCAAGUUCCGGACUCGGUGCUGAAAUGGAUCGACUUCAACACCGGGUCCUACAGACCGGGAACGUAUUCAACAGCGAGAAUAUCGAGCCAGGUGUACCAGAAGUGGCGGCUGACCAUGCCCGUCUCGACAGCUAUGGACAUCCAGACGAUUGGACGGUGUGAGGGAAUGAUGAGGAGGAUGGGGUACAAACUCCUGGUGGACAGGUGGCAUUUGAGAAAUUUGUCUCGAGAACUGGUGGGCCCGAUUCCACCGACAACUGAUGACGGCAAAUAUGACUGGGCCUGGUUUUAAGGAUUGGACGUGAUGGCGAGUAGGGAGCACUACAUGUACUUUUCUUUGCAUUUUGCAGACAAUAAGAUUUGUUAACCAACCGUUUUUUUUACCAUUUAAGGGGGGGG